GAUCGUGCGUCGCAGUUAGUCUUUGAGAGGAAAGCUUGCUGCUGAGGGCAUUCUAGAGGUUUUGUUGAUUGGAAGACGUGUCUCUGGGGUCCCGCUCCUAGAUCUUUGUUGAAGAUUGGAAAAGAAUUAAAUUAAGGCCAUGGGGACCCAGAAGGUCACCGCUCCUCUGAUCUUUGCCAUCUCCGUUGCUACAAUAGGCUCUUUCCAGUUCGGCUACAACACUGGAGUCAUCAAUGCUCCUGAGAUGAUCAUAAAGGACUUCAUCAAUUACACCUUGGAGGAGAGGUUGGAAGACCCUCCCUCUGAAGUGUUACUCACUUCCCUCUGGUCCUUGUCUGUGGCCAUCUUUUCCGUUGGUGGUAUGAUUGGCUCCUUCUCCGUUGGACUCUUUGUUAACCGCUUUGGCAGGCGCAAUUCAAUGCUGAUUGUCAACCUCCUGGCCGUUGCUGGCGGCUGCCUUAUGGGGUUCUGCAAAAUUGCCGAGUCGGUUGAAAUGCUGAUCCUGGGCCGGUUAGUUAUUGGCCUCUUCUGCGGCCUCUGCACAGGUUUUGUGCCCAUGUACAUUGGCGAGGUCUCUCCGACUGCCCUUCGGGGGGCUUUCGGUACUCUCAACCAGCUGGGCAUCGUCAUCGGAAUCCUGGUGGCUCAGAUCUUUGGUCUGAAAGGCAUCAUGGGGACGGAAGACCUUUGGCCCCUGCUUUUGGGCUUCACCAUCAUUCCAGCUGUCCUGCAAAGUGCAGCCCUUCCGUUUUGCCCCGAGAGUCCUAGAUUUCUGCUCAUCAACAGAAGGGAAGAGGAGAGGGCUAAGGAGAUCCUCCAACGAUUGUGGGGCACCCAGGACGUGAGUCAGGACAUCCAGGAGAUGAAAGAUGAGAGCUCGAGGAUGGCGCAAGAGAAGCAGCCCACCGUGUUGGAGCUCUUCCGAUCGCACAGCUACCAGCAGCCCAUCAUGAUUUCCAUCAUGCUCCAGCUGUCCCAGCAGCUGUCUGGAAUCAAUGCUGUCUUCUAUUAUUCAACAGGAAUCUUCGAGGACGCAGGUGUUAAGGAGCCCAUCUAUGCCACCAUUGGCGCGGGUGUGGUUAAUACCAUCUUCACCGUUGUCUCUCUGUUUCUGGUGGAAAGGGCAGGGAGGAGGACUCUGCAUAUGAUUGGCCUCGGAGGGAUGGCUGUUUGUUCCAUCUUGAUGACCAUCUCCUUGUUGUUGAAGGAUGACUAUAAUUGGAUGAGCUUUGUUUGUAUUGGGGCUAUCUUGGUUUUUGUGGCCUUCUUUGAAAUUGGCCCGGGCCCCAUUCCCUGGUUUAUCGUGGCCGAACUCUUCAGCCAAGGACCCCGCCCAGCUGCAAUGGCAGUGGCUGGUUGUUCCAACUGGACCGCCAACUUUCUCGUUGGGCUACUCUUCCCUUCAGCUGCAUUCUAUCUAGGAGCCUAUGUUUUUAUCAUCUUCACUGGCUUCCUCAUUAUCUUCUUGGUCUUCACCUUCUUCAAAGUCCCUGAGACCCGUGGCAGGACUUUUGAGGAAAUCACACGAGCCUUUGAAGGGCAGGCACGGGAGGCUAACAGAGCUGAGAAGGGCCCCAUCGUGGAGAUGAACAGCAUCCAGCCAGUGAAGGAGACUGCCACUGUCUAAGCCAUGCCUCCUUCCCGCCUCCCUCCCAACAUGGAAAAGCCACCUCUCCCCCAGAUGAGGGAGAGACCUCAUCAGGUUGUAACCCAGGACUGUUUCUGAAUGCUGCUACUUGAUUCCUUUCUCUUCCCACACACUCCAUGAGUACUCAGAGGAACCCAGUGCUGGAGCUAGUAUCUUCAGUGGCUUUCGAAACAUUUCAUUUCUUGGACAUUUUCUCUUCUGUUGAGGAGAGACCAAGUGAACCUACCUUCAUUUCAGGAGGAACUGGCCGCUUGCCAUAUGACAACAUUGCCAGCUCUUCCUCCCUUGGGUUCUAACAGGGCCUCGUGAGGGCCAGUAGGGGGGAGUAAGAGUGAGGUGCAGUUUCCCUGAUCCCAGACUUUCAGGAAGCAGAUGUACAUGAGUGUGGAGGGCAGAAAGGGAUUAAAUAAGAGCACCUUCCUUGCUUCCAUACAGCUCUGCAGAGCAAAUUAACUUGAGUUUAUUUAUUUAAUCUUCUGGUUUUAUUGCAUAAAUAUUUAUUUUUUUAAGUGUAAAAUAAUUUUACCAAAUAAUGAAAACAUAAGGAAAUUGAGGAUAGAGGGAGGCGCUUGAGGAGAGGUUAUAGGGUAGAAGAUGCGAUGCUGGAGAGAGAGGUCGAGGUGCAAUAGGCAGAUUCAGGGAGAAGCGUAAUGUGUUCUCAGAGGGUAUGUGAUGGGGUGUGUGAAGUCUGCACGUUGCCUCUUAACCUUCAGGUGAAAACUAUAAAGUUUAAUUUCUCAGAAAAGUCAUGUGCCUGUAUUAAGAAGCUACUGGUUACUUUUCGAACUUGUUUCUUUGUUUAAAAUUAUAUAUAGUAUUACUUGAAACCUAGGGUUAUUAUUAAGAUGGGCAUUAUAGCUAAUGGUGGUGGGUGGGUUCUAACUUUGGUUGGAGUCCAGAGAAGGGAAGGUUAUUUCUAGAAAUCUUUCUCCCCUCACUGGACAAAACUACUUCCCCUUGUUGCAGACUCAUGGGGUGGGGGGUGUUUUAAGUAUUCCUAACACCCCCCUGGUAGGAGAACCUUCCAAAUGAAAAGCCCAAAAUAGUGGUUCUUGGUAGAGGUUCUGUAUUUCUCCAUUUUGUUCUUUAGAAGAUUUUAGUUGUUGAUUUUUAAUUAUAUUUAAGCCAUAGCUUUAAAAGAAUUCAGAGGAGAAUGUUCAUAAACUAACUUGGAACUUGUAACCUCAGCUCUGGGAGAGGAUUUUUCCUGAACGAUUAUUACCUAGUUAAGUAUGUUACUGCUUAGGGUCGUCGCAUGCUUGUUCUGUUACCAUAUUUGCAUAGUGUGACGGCAGGUGCCCUUAGGGGACCGUACAUUUGGGGUAGUAUGAGUAAAUGUGCAGUGUAGCCCACACUUGAGAGAGUAUGAAUGUAUGUGCACUGUCACUUUGCUCUGGGUGGGAGUAGAUGACUGGUAACUUGCGCCUUUGUUCCUACAGCCCCCCUUUGAAUAAAAGGUAUUCAAACUCAUCUC